ACACCUUUUCCUGCAUGUAGGCCAUCGCCCCUAUUGUUUGGAACACUCGUGUCUUGGGGCUCUUCUGGCCUGUGGAUUUACAUCUUUGCCCCGAUGCCUUCACAACUUAAGGCUACCUCGCGUUCUCCAGGCAAGCGGCAUGAAGUAACGGCCCAAAAAUUCGGCGGAGAACCCUGAAUUGUCUGGAUUGCACACCCCUCACCUCCCGCUCUGCUGCGGCUGUGAACAUCUGGCUUGCGCAGAUGGUGUGGGUGAUAUGGGUGGUAGGGAGGCCAUAUUGUCGGUGAGAUCAUGACUACCCGCAGUCGAUGCACUAUGUACUCAACUUUUGGUCACACAUUGUCACCUCAAAGCCUUAGUUCCGAAUAGGGGACGUGGACAUCUGUCGGACUGCUCUACCAUGAGGAAUCCCGGACUCGCCUGGCGACUCCGAUGCCCAGGAAUCAAUGUGUACGAUUGGCUGGCAACAAGGUGCGAAACAUCGCGGAGGUUCCUCUGCCUCGAUCAUUGGCGGUGAGGCCAUGCAUGUUGUCGUCGGGGAGAGCGACCGAGUUCGAGGACACGGGAGAGCAAAUUCGGGAGGUAGAGCAAGGGCUAGAUGGAGGAGUGCGCGUAUCGAGGGACUCGCCUAGGACAUCUUCUGGCCGCAUUGCACUGCCAGCCGUCCUCAAUCAUCCUUGAAGACGGCGGCGUAUGGCGCGCAAAUUUUUUCGCCGCAGUCGCGGGUCCUUCUUUGCUAUCGCCGCCGUCUAUAUAACCCUCCAUUAGCUCUCAGAACGUCGUGCCUUUCUGAUUGCCCACCCUCUACGUAGCCUUCCCCUUCGCUUUGGUCGGGGUGCGUGGCGCCUGUCCUCUAGGAGUACCUUGCGCGACAGACCACUAGCAUAUCAUACUACUGAUGCUUGUCGACCCCCCAUACCCGUCAUUCACAUUGGUCAUGAUCGCCGCCGACCCCUCGCUCCGUCUCCCUUCGUACCGUUCCUCCCACCUCGGGAGAUUUCAUCCCUACCCUCGAGGAGGCUCUCGUCGCUCGGAGGACCGUGACAUUUUCGUGAACGCGUACAUGUACACCGAAGGGUCCUCGACGAACGUGCCAGCACAACCGUGUCUUCGCCCCGCUAGACGCUGUGUCGAGGUCCCGGACAACGACGUCUCCAGCUUCGAGCUCGACCCUCCCGUCGUCGGGGUCGAGUACGACGAGUACGAGCUUCGCGCUUUCAGCGGCGUGCCGACAGGGCUGAGCCGUAGCAAGCUCGCCGAGGCCCUGGCCGAUCUGCUCGGCGAGCUCUGCCGUAGGUGCUCGCAGCUGACGCUGGGGACUCUGUUUGGCACCGUGAAGUCCGGCGUCGAGCGGCCCAAGUAGACGUGUCGUGCUCGGUGUGGGGAUAGUAGCGAGCGGCACAUCGUUUGCACCCUACCUCGAGUUGCGGGAGGGCUGCUCGCUGUAGAGAUGUCUGCUCGAUCUUUUUCUUGCUUUCGUUCUUUGCUGUCGCGUCUUCCUUUAGCUAUCCAUGUCCAUGUAGGUGCUCUGUUUUCUUUAGCACACCUUGCACGUAGUCCGAAAACCAUGUAGCAUAGUCAUCUUGGAUCUCUUACCCCUCUUCCUUUCUCGUGUAUAGCUUGAUCUCGGAGUGCUUCCCUUAGGCAGUAAACCGGAUUGAUAACCAAUAAAAUAUAUUC